CUCACAUCAUGUUCUUCCAAGAAAGAUCCAAAAACAUGCAGAUAACAGGGAGAAGGAGAGAGAGAGAGAGAGAGUUGGAGUUAUUUGAAAUUUGCCGGGACCCAAACGGUCAACUCCAACGCGGUGUUAUUUUUCUGUCGCAGCAUUUUGACCUUCCCUACUUGAACCCCCACCUUCUCCGUCUUCUACUCAACUCCUUCCUCCUCCUUCUCCCUGCCUCUCUUUCUUUUCUCUCAUGGCGUUGUUUGCGACCCUGGUUUGCCUCCUUUUCUCCUCCUUCAUCUUCUUCAGUGAUGUACUGGCCGACCCACGGAUCAAUCAGGCUGCUCUGGUCUGCGGCACUUUGCAGGCCACGAACCGAAGUAUCUUCGUCACCAAUUUUAUCGCUGCGCUCGAUGCCGUCACGCCACAAAUCAACCGGCGACGCUAUGCUCAAUUCGUCACCGACUCGACUGUGGAGAGAGUUUAUGCAUUUGGGCAGUGUAUGGACGAUCUCUCUCAGUCUGACUGCGACCUCUGCUUCGCUCAGAGCAAAACGGGCAUCCUCAGGUGCGUCCCUUUCCAGCUGAACGUAAAAGAAGGCCGGAAUUAUCUUGACGGGUGCUAUCUCCGGUACGACUACUAUGACUUUUUCAGCGAAAUCACAAGUCCCAUGGACAAGACGUUGUGCAAUUCCACUAGAUCUUACAGUAAUCAGAGCGAUUUCGUAAUCAAUGCGAAGGGAAUCAUAGGGAACAUGAGUUCUCGGGCGGUUUCGAACAAUGGUUUCUGGAGAGGUUCUGUUGGCAGCGGGAAUUCGACGGUUUAUGCUAUAGGCCAGUGUUGGGAGACAUUGAAUAUGAGCUCCUGCAAGACUUGCUUGGACACAGCAGCUUCCAAAAUCGAUUCUUGCCUUCCUUCUUUCCAAGCAAGGGUUCUCAGCUCGGGUUGUUACUUGAGAUACGCCGAUUAUCAGUUCUAUAAUGAUUCUUCAACCGCGUCUACAUCAUCUGGAGGUGGUCGUAGAGUUCCCAUAAUAGUUUCUGUAACCUUUUCCGCUCUGGUGUUUCUGGUUGUUUUGGCUGUGGCUGCUUUCCUUGGAAAGAGGAGAGUUGAUCGGAGAAGAAAAGAGAAAAAACAACUUGGUGGCCUAGCUGCUGCUGUGAAGAAAUCUGCAUUGAACUACAAAUAUGAGACACUUGAAAGAGCUACCAAUUACUUUAACCGGUCGAAUAAAUUAGGGCAGGGUGGAUCAGGUUCCGUUUACAAGGGCACACUAUCAGAUGGAAAGAUUGUUGCCAUAAAGCGCUUGUUUUUCAGUACAAGGCAAUGGGUAGAUGAAUUUUUCAAUGAAGUCAAUUUGAUCAGUGGUGUUGAGCACAAGAAUCUUGUCAAACUGUUGGGUUGCAGCAUUACUGGCCCAGAGAGUCUUCUUGUUUAUGAAUACGUACCCAACAAGAGCCUCGAUCAAGUUAUGUUCGGCAAUGACAGCAAUUCAAUUUUGAGUUGGAAUAUGAGGAAAAAUAUCAUACUAGGAACUGCCAAAGGUUUGGCAUAUCUUCACGAGGAGUCCAAGCUUCGGAUUAUACACAGAGACAUAAAGCUGAGCAACAUACUCCUUGAUGACGAUUUUACUGCAAAGAUUGCAGAUUUUGGUCUAGCUAGAUGCUUUCCGCAAGACAAAAGUCAUAUUAGCACUGCUGUUGCUGGCACCCUGGGCUAUAUGGCACCAGAGUAUCUUGUCCGUGGAAAGUUGACAGAGAAAGCAGAUGUUUACAGCUUUGGAGUGGUUGUCAUUGAGAUAGUUACUGGGAAAAAGAAUACUUCUUGCCAACCAAACUGUGUUUAUGCUUUACAAAUGGUUUGGAACUUCCACUUAUCAAACAGGCUAAGUGAAGCUGUUGAUCCAAAGCUGGAAGGUAACUUCUCAAGAGAAGAUGCUGUUCAUAUGCUUAAAGUCGGGCUACUUUGCUGUCAAGCAUCGGCUGAACUGCGGCCACCAAUGUCCAUGGUGGUGAAAAUGCUCACUGACACAAACUGCAACAUACCUUCUCCAAAUCAGCCUCCAUUUCUGAGUCCUAAUGUGGCAAGCCAAGUACCUUUUGCUGUCACGAGUACAUCCGUUUCUCAAGAAGGAUCUGCAACUCAAUCUUCAAGGAAUAGUAUGACUAUCACCGUGCUUGAUCCAAGAUAAACUGUUGGAAGACUUGCAUAUUAUGUCAGACUUGAAGAUCGGAACGAAAAUGCUUACAACAUCAAUGCAUUGGAGACUAUGCUGUAUUGCCUUGGCCUAGAAUGUGAAAAGAGAGCGCGGAAAAAUCAGACUUCAAAUAAACAUAUAGGAUUUUCUGGUUCUCAAGAUUGAUGUAAGAAUCAAUUAUCUGAAAUAAUUAAUCUACCACGGCUAGCUAGAUGCCCGAGUUUGAGCCUUGAACUGGCUUGAACCUGGGUUUGGUUUGUCUGUUCCUGAGAUAGUCAUGAAAAUUCCUGCCAUUGAAAUUGUUAAGUCUGAUGGCACCCAAAAGGAUGACCUUUUUUGUGGUUAGUGAUGCGAAUUGCUCACAGAAGAUGUUCCCAUAAUGUUAUUAAGAGCAAAGCUGUAUAGCUCCAUGCUGAACAUGUAUUGUAAAAGCUAAUGAAUAAAUGUAUUCUUUGUACUGAA